UUAUUGCACUCCAUUAAUGAAUGUUUACAUAAAUCUGCAGUAAUUUGCAAAGUUUCAUAGUCGACAUUUUAAGGGACACAAACCAUCCCCGUCGUGUCUAUAUGUCCUUCACUCCUUAACCAGCUACAUAUAUAGUGCAGUAGAUAUUAACAUCUUUGAAAGGUGAACAAAUUCUCUGCAACUGAUGAUGGGUGAGGUUGCCCUUGCAAGUCUUUCCUCUACAUUCAAGUCUCCAUUAUUGCUCCAUGGAUCAAGAACCCGAUGUGCACUUGGCAAAGAAGAGAGAAAGGGUAAGCAGAAGAACCGUAGCUACCAUGAAAAGGCACCAUGGAAGCCAUUUAAUCAAAAGCCUAUAAAAUACUCUUCUAGAUUCACUUCAGAUCUUCCUCUCUCUGAGUCACCUUGGCAGGCUUCUUUUGAUCAGUAUUUGGAGAACGAGUCCAGAAUUCUCAAAGCAACCUUUACAGAUGGAGAAAAAAUGCAAGUUAGUGAGGACGAAUGGAGAAUUCAGCUGCCACCCUUACAAUUCUUGUUCUUAACAGUGCAGCCAAUAAUUGACAUGCGGUUGAGAUGCAAAUCAAAAGGGAAGGAUUACCCUUCAGCAGUUCCUUGUGAGAUCACAAAGGUUCUUGAGCUUGAAAUGACAAAAUGGGAGCUCCUAGGGCUUGAUGAUGUUCGUGAGUCAUUAGGCUUCAGUGCCAAUGCUAAAGGAGCCAUAUACCCUGAUAGACGGGCAACACAAAGCUGGAUUAAAACUCAAUUCGAGCUUAACAUAAGCUUUGUUCUUCCACCUUCACUUGCUUUGGUUCCUAAAGAUGUUAUUCAAGACAUUGGAGUGUCAGUGAUCCAAAGAUUGGUGGAUGACAAGAAGCAAAAAGCUAAUGAUGGAGUGCUUGUAGAUUAUGAUAAAUUCAAAAGGGAGAAACUCAAGAAUCUGGUUUAAGCCUAGUGAUUCUUGAAUAUGAGGUCAGAAGGCCAAAAUAAGUUAAUUCAUAGUAGCUUACAUUAUUCAGCAAAGGAAAGCUUUGGCGACUGAAAGUUGAAGUUAAAUUUAAUAAGAUAGAAGUGGAUUUGCAUCAUUCUUUGAUACAUUUGGGGUUGAAGUGUAACGAAAAUUUCAGUUUAGUUUCAUCUUCUUGCAAAUAUUGAACAAA